AUAUAUUGAGCCAACAAAGACUAUAAAAAAAAUGAAAACAUCUGUCCGAACACAAAUUAUAAGACUAAAAUGAUUUUGGUGUUAGUUUUUUCUCUGUUUGCUAUUUUCUUUCUUAAUGUUCUUCUAUGGAGAUGGCUAAAAGCCUCAGCAUGUAACGUCCAAAAGCUUCCUCCAGGUCCACCAAGGUGGCCUAUUUUGGGCAACCUUCUCCAAUUGGGCCCUUUACCUCACCGGGACAUGGCCGCUCUCUGUAGCAAAUACGGCCCACUAGUUUACCUUCGGCUCGGAAACAUUGAUGCCAUCACAACAAAUGAUCCGGAGACCAUCCGAGAGAUCCUCUUUCGGCAGGACGAUGUCUUUGCAUCAAGGCCUAAAACACUCGCCGCGGUCCACUUGGCGUAUGGCUGCGGAGAUGUAGCAUUAGCACCAAUGGGCCCGCACUGGAAAAGAAUGAGGAGGAUAUGCAUGGAGCACCUACUUACAACCAAAAGACUUGAAUCUUUUACUUCACAGCGAGCCGAGGAAGCCCAGUAUCUUAUACAAGAUGUGUGCAAAAGAGCGGAAUGCGGAAAGCCUAUAAACCUUAGGGAAGUAUUGGGUGCUUUCUCUAUGAACAAUGUGACCAGGAUGCUACUGGGAAAACAAUUCUUUGGGCCUGGAUCCGUGGUAGGAGCAAAAGAAGCCCAAGAGUUUAUGCAUAUAACUCACAAGUUGUUUAGGCUGUUGGGUGUUAUUUACUUAGGAGACUACCUGCCGUUUUGGAGAUGGGUGGAUCCAUACGGCUGCGAGAAAGAAAUGAGGGACGUGGAGAAGCGUGUGGACAAGUUUCACACGAAGAUCAUCGAGGAGCACAGAAGGGCAAAACGAGAAAAGGAAGACAAAAAUAUUGAGGGUGACAUGGAUUUUGUUGACGUUUUACUAUCUCUUCCUGGUGAGAAUGGGAAAGAACACAUGGACGACGUUGAAAUUAAAGCUCUCAUUCAGGACAUGAUAGCUGCUGCUACUGACACGUCCGCGGUCACGAACGAAUGGGCUAUGGCUGAAGUGAUUAAGCAGCCGCGAGUGAUGCGUAAGAUUCAAGAGGAACUCGAUAAUGUUGUAGGAUCAAACCGGAUGGUCAAUGAGACGGAUCUAGUCCAUUUAAACUAUCUGCGUUGUGUGGUAAGAGAGACGUUUCGAAUGCAUCCCGCCGGACCGUUUUUGAUUCCUCACGAAUCCGUGCGACCAACAACGAUCAACGGCUAUUACAUCCCUGCAAAGACACGUGUAUUCAUCAAUACACAUGGGUUGGGUCGAAACACUAGUGUAUGGACUACUGACAUUGAGGAGUUUAGGCCGGAACGACAUUGGCCCGUUGAUGGCAGCGGAAGGGUGGAGAUAAGUCACGGGCCUGAUUAUAAGAUAUUACCAUUUAGCGCCGGGAAAAGGAAAUGCCCCGGAGCUCCGUUGGGUGUGACGAUGGUGCUGAUGGCUUUGGCUCGGCUCUUCCAUUGCUUUGACUGGACUACGCCGGAAGAUAUUGAUACGGUGGAAGUGUACGGAAUGACUAUGCCUAAGGCUAAACCAUUGUGGGCGUUAGCUAAGCCACGAUUGGCAGCUCAUUUAUACACAAUUACACAUGAUACAAUUGGACACUAAGACUUAUAUUUAAUUAGCCAUUUCGGUCUCAAAUAAUAUCGUUGUAAUUCGUGAACGUUGUGCAACUGACUUUUAAAAUCAUGAUA